GGUAUGUCCUAGAUGUACAUUAUCUAAGAGUGGCAUCGAUAACCUAGGUAUAAAACGUCAUAUGCAUUCAGUUUAAACGAUAUACUUAUACAGGCUUUACGGUAACGAUGAGUUUUAAGAAUAUCUAAGGUUGUCAUAGUGACGGGAGCAAGCUCGGGCAUCGGCGCGGCGACGGCGCUCAUGUUCGCCAAGGAGGGCGCCGACGUGGCGCUCGUGGCGCGCACGCAGGCCAAGCUCGCCGCCGUCGCGAAAAACAUCGAGGCGCUCGGCAGGAAGGCCCUCGUAAUACAAGCCGACCUCUCCAAGGAAGCUGACACCGCCACCGUCGUCCCUAAAACUGUAGAACAUUUCGGAAAGUUAGACGUGCUAGUCAAUAAUGCUGGCAUAUCUCCAGCUGGAUCUUUGACGGAAGGCACAGUAUUGCAAGCGUAUGAUGAAGUGAUGAAAACCAACGUUCGGGCGGUGAUCCAAUUGACAAGUUUCGCGGCGCCAUAUUUAGCCAAGACAAAGGGUAACGUGGUCAACAUUUCAAGCGUGGUAGCUUUACGUCCGUGCAAAAACCCGGAGCUACUCCCGUAUUUUGUGUCAAAAGCGGCUCUGGACCACUUCGCGCGUUGCGCAGCUGUCGAACUAGCGUCGUCUGGAGUUAGGGUCAAUACUGUCAAGCCUGGACCGGUGGAUAACGACUUUAACAGUAACAAUAGCCUUGGUGAUCCCAAGGUCAUACGUCAGACGCUGAUAGACGCUACCCUCCAAGGUUUCAUAGCUACGAAUGAAGAAAUUGGCGGUGUAAUUUUGUUCCUAGCUAGUGACAAGGCGAGGAGCAUCACUGGAUGUAACUACGUCAUGGAUAAUGGAUGGACCAUGGUUUCUCAUGAGUAAGAGCGUUU